AUCCUGUGUGAAGCUUUACGUCACCUAGAUGUUGACGUUACGUACUACGCAACGUGCCCCUGUGGUUUUGACUGAGCGACCCCAAGUGCGAAGCUGCCAACGCCCGGCAUAGAGGCUGCUCUAUUGAGAGGAAACGAUCUUGAAUGAGCCCAGUGGAACCUAACAGAACGCAGCUAUGCAGACGAUUAAGUGCGUUGUAGUGGGUGACGGUGCUGUGGGUAAAACCUGUCUCCUCAUCUCCUACACAACCAACAAAUUCCCCUCCGAGUAUGUGCCCACGGUGUUUGAUAACUAUGCAGUAACGGUCAUGAUCGGUGGUGAACCCUACACCCUAGGAUUAUUUGAUACUGCAGGUCAGGAGGACUACGACAGGCUACGGCCCCUGAGCUACCCCCAGACCGACGUCUUCUUAGUCUGCUUCUCCGUCGUCUCGCCUUCCUCCUUCGAAAACGUUAAAGAGAAGUGGGUCCCCGAGAUCACUCACCACUGUCCGAAGACCCCGUUCCUGCUGGUGGGGACGCAGAUCGACCUGCGGGACGACCCCUCCACCAUCGAGAAGCUGGCCAAGAACAAGCAGAAGCCCAUCACCCCGGAGACGGCCGAGAAGCUGGCCCGCGAUCUGAAGGCGGUCAAGUACGUGGAGUGCUCCGCCCUCACGCAGAAAGGACUGAAGAACGUUUUCGACGAGGCGAUACUGGCCGCCCUGGAGCCCCCAGAACCCAAGAAGAAGCGCAAAUGUCGCCUGUUAUGAGGAGCCCCCCCACCCCACCCCUCCCCCCUCCCCCCUCCCGUUCCCCGUCCUCCUGUACCCCGCUCAAACUGGGCCGCCAGCUUCCUUCUCUAAAUACUACUUUCCGUUUUUACUCCACAGUGAAGAUACACUCAGAAUGCUUAGUGAACCCGCAGCACUGCCGCACAGGGCGGAGCGGGUGAGCCGCGGGUGUGUACGGGCUGCCUCUCCGUGUCUGUGUCCCUGUUAGCGCUCGUUAGCGUAGCGCCGCAGCGGGCUAGCGAGGUGCUUAGCGUGAUCACACUCCUGUCGUUUAUGCCGCUUCGCAGUGACUCUUAUUGUGAUGUGAUUCACUCGCCGGGGGGGGGGGUUGGGUGUGAGCAGGGACAGGGGGGGUUGGAUGUGUUUAUCCGAAGUGCCACAUUGGACACGCACACACACACACAAACUAACGUGCGCGCGCACACACACAAACGCACACAGAACCGCGCGCACACAGAAGAUAGCCCCUUGUUGCAGGGGUUGGGCUCAGUUGUAACAGCAGUCCUCAUAGGAUUCCACAACCCAGCACAGGAGCUGAUUCCUAAUGUUUGUCAUUAUAUAUAUAUAUAUAUAUAUAUAUAUACACACACACACAUGCACCUACAUAUAUACAUAUAUAAACACACACAUAUAUGUGUGUAUAUAUAUAUGUACCAUCAUUAGUAAUCAGUUCCUUCACUCACAGAAUUUCAAUAUUUAACAGUCUCACUGCCCCGCCUACAUUCAGUACUGUAUGUCCAAGCAUUUCAGGAGGCCUCCUCAGAGGGGGGGGUUUCAUUUUUUUUUUUUUUUAAUGUUUAUUUUAAUGGAUAAUGGCUCCCCUAUCUAAACCAAUGGGUGGAUGAAGAGUGUAUAUGGGGGAGCCUGUUGGCACACACACACACACACACACACACACCUGCAUCAGUGCCCCCUUUAGACCACUUGAAGGAAGUACACGCGGUGACUGACUAGUAUUUUAUUUUCUGAGAUCGAUUGAAUUCCUUUGUUUUUUUGUUUGUUUUUUUUUGUAAGAUGUGUCUUAGCAGAUCGGAGGCGGUGUGUGACUGACUGAGGUUGCCUAGCAGCAGGGACCUUUGAUAGUGUUAGCGGGAUGAGAGGCGUGUCACCGCGGUGACAGGGACCAAGCGAAAUUACAGCCCCCAGGUUUCUCUGCUCAGAUUAACACAAUUAAUCAUUUAAGCUGUUCGAAAAAUGAAAGAAAAAUGACUGGACUCCAGUGUUAUACUUUUUUUUAAAAUUUAUUUUACCAAGUUUCUGUUUUUUUUUUUGUUUUUUGUUUUUCGUUUGAGCAGUUAUUUUGUCAUGAUAUUUUCCACAUCUUUCACCAGCUCCGUCUUACGGCUUUUUUUUCAUGGUAGGAAACCAAAUGGUUUGAUGCAUGAUUUUUUUUUUUUUUUGUUUUUGUUUUUUUGUAUGUGCAUUAUUUUCAAAAAAAAGUUUUUAUUAAACAUCUACCUUAAUGGC